AUGAUGGCGGUGGGAAAGGCCGCGGACGGCGGCGGCCGAGAGCGGGGCGAGGAGGGCGGCGAAGCUCAGCACCGAGCGGCUGCAAAGCGGCGGAGUGGCGCCUGCUCACGCUACGUGCGCCACCUCCCAGGAGGCAGCGGGAGCGGGACCGCGCAUGCGCGGCGGCUAAGUCCCGUCCCCUCGCGUGGCCGCGGAAGUGCCGGCGCCGCCAUGCUCCGCCUGGCCCCGGCGCUGCUGGCCCGGCUGGCCCGCGCCCGGCCCUGGGUCCCGGUGCGGCGGCGCGAGGCGGCAGCCAGCGGUGAGGAGGAGCAGUUCGUCUUCCUCGAGUACGAGCCGGAGCCGGGCGAGGCGGCGGCGGCGGCGGCAGCAGCAGCAACAGCGGCGGCGGCGGCCCGCCGAGAGCGGGAGCCGGGCAAGAAGCGGCGGGAGCGGCGCUCGGUGGUGGGGACGCCCGACCCCUCGCUGCCGCCGAGCGGCGUGAGCUGCUCAGGCUGCGGGGCUGAGCUGCACUGCCGCGACGGCGCGGCGCCGGGCUUCGUGCCGGCGGAGAAGUACCGGACUCUGUCGGAGGGCCCGGCCGGCGUGGCGGGGCUGCGAGGCGCCGUCUGCCAGCGCUGCUGGCUGCUGGCCCACUACGGCCGGGCCCUGCGGCUGCGGCUGCCGCCCGAACAGCACCGCGAGGUGGUGAGCGCCGCCCUGCGCCGCCCCCCCCGCCACGGCCGCGGGCCGCUCCUCCUCUACCUGCUCGACGUGCUGGAACUGCCCGACCCGGUGCUGCCGCAGCUGCCGGCGCUGCUGGGCCCCGAUGUCCCCGCCGGCGGGCUGCUGGUGGUGGGCAACAAGGUGGACCUGCUACCCGCUGACUCCCCCGGGCACCUGGGGCGGCUGCGGCAGCGAGUGGCAGCAGCCUGUGCCGAGGCCGGGCUGCACGGAGCCCCGGUGGUGGAUGUCCGCCUGGUGAGCGCCAAGACGGGCUUUGGCAUGGAGGGCCUGAUUAGCCGGCUGCAGCGUUCCUGGAAGUGUGCAGGUGAUGUCUACCUGCUGGGUGCCACCAACUCGGGCAAGUCAACACUCUUCAAUGCCCUGCUGCGCUCCGACUACUGCAAGUCCCGCGCCACCGACGCUGUCGACAGGGCCACUGUGUCACCCUGGCCAGGAACAACACUGAACCUGUUGAAAUUUCCAAUUAUUAAUCCUACAUGUGACAGGAUAUUCCGAAGGCAGGAGAGGCUGAAAGAGGAGGCAACAAAAACAGAAGAUGAGUUAAGCAGUGGAGAAAAGAAGUACCUUAAGCACCUUAAAAAGCAAGGUUAUUUAGUGGGAAGAGUUGGAAGAACAUUUCAACAGCUGAAGUCUAGCUCGGUGAUUGACUUUGACCCUGACAUGCUCUCGUACAGCAUAGAUGAAGAUCCCAGAGAUUCCCCUCGGAAGCAUGAGGAAAGGGAAGAGUUCACACACAAUGAAGUGAAGGAUGCUCGCUGGUGUUUUGACACUCCAGGGAUUAUAAAGGAAAACUGUGUUCUAAAUCUCCUGACAGAUGAAGAAGUAAAGCUGGUUUUGCCAACAAGUGCCAUUGUUCCACGGACCUUCAUUCUCAAGCCAGGAAUGGUCUUGUUUUUAGCAGCCUUGGGACGUGUGGACUACUUACAGGGAGAAAAGCCUGCCUGGUUUACUGUUGUGGCAUCUAACCUGCUGCCAGUCCACAUUUCUACCCUGAGUAACGCAGAUGCCUUCUAUGAGGAGCGUGCUGGCCAAGAGUUACUGAAGGUUCCCAUGGGUGGGGAAGAGCGAAUGAAAGAGUUCCCCCCACUUGUCCCUCAGGACAUUACACUGAAAGGAAUUGGUCCCACUGAGGCAGUCGCAGAUAUCAAGCUCUCCUCUGCAGGCUGGGUGGCAGUGACAGCUCACGAAGAGGAGAAAUUGCUGCUCCGAGCCUAUACUCCCAAGGACACCAGACUGGUGCUGCGGGAACCUCCCCUUUUGCCAUACAUCAGUACCAUCCGAGGGGCGCGGAUCGCAGGCACUGCUGCCUAUAGGACCAGAAAGCCUCCUUCCCUGGUGGAAAACCUAAAAACCAGAGGGAGGAGAUAGCACUUCUCAUCAUGGGAGCAAGGCAGAAGACAGAACAACCUCUAGAGACCUUGUUGCUUAUUGAUAUUCAGCAGAGCCUGGACUCCUUUUUAAAGGCAGAUGGGCACAUUUGGGGAAGUGCCUGGUUCAGGACUCUACAAGUCCACAGCCGAUCCAGUGGCUGAACUGUGGCCACUUUGAAUGAGCUGAGUGACUGGUACCUUGCUAUGAGAGGUGAAACAGCGUCUCCCUGGGACCUGCCAGUAUUUAUGAACAAAUCCCUUUACCUGUUCACUCUUGAAGUACAAGGUGGAAGCUCACCUGCCUGCCCUGGUCUGAGCUUUGCUGCUUGUAAAGUAGGUUUUCUCCUGCAGACAUGCUCAUGCAGGUCAGAAACCAUCACCGUGUUCUUGGAGGCUUUAUGCGGUUUCCAGAGUUGAAGGAGGUGGAGGCAGUGGGGAGGAGCAGGGAAUGCUCCAGCUCCUCUAUGGUUAUGACCCUCCUCGUGGCUCAUAGUAAUUCAACAAUAUCGACCAAAACUCAGGUCCUUUCACUCCUUCAGUAUCUGGGAGAGAUGAGAGGGUGCAACGCCCUGCUUUUGGUCAGGAAAGGUGAAUUAGUAACAAGCAGAUUUGCUCAUAUGCCUGAAGAGGAAACUUCUGCAACUUGCUGCUUUGAUUUGGAAAGGUUUCUGAAACUGAGGGUGUAAAAUAAAACUUUUCAAAGAUA